CAAGUUCUUUCCUCUCCUCAUCCCACCAUGUCCCUCCCCACAGCCCCUCGCGACAUUUCUGAAAACCCUCAGGCGGGUGCAGUCACUGACCCCGUAAACAAGCAACAGAAGGACGCGGAUGUCGACCGCAAGUUGCGCUUCUAUGGUGUAAUUGAGGCAUUCCGCGAAGGCAGACUACCCGACAAUCAGCAGAUUGACGAAACUCUUCGUUAUGUCAAAGACAAUGCACCCAUGGAUGUCGGCGAGCUCUCACCAGAAGGGCAACGUCUCGUGCAGGAUGUCCGUGAUAUCGUCGAUACAGCUCGUGCUAUAGUCGCUGAGAAGAAUGCGGACGAGCUAUUCCAGAACUUCCUUUGGCACACACGAGCAGUGGAUGCUAGUCGCGCGAAGCAAGACCCGAACAGCCUCGCUCCCGUCGACAAAAACAAGGCGACAUCGGAUGGACAACAAGCUGUCACACAUCUGAGAACAUUACUCACUCUCGUCCUUACAAAUGCUGAAACAAGAAAGCUCCUUGGUGAUUUUGCCCUAAUCGGACGCGAUUUGUUUGCCAGAGGUGCCGUAAAGGCCGCAGAGUUGUCUCGUCCGGAUCAGGAACGCCUCGCACGCGUCGAUGAUCCCGCUCCUGCUGACCAGUUCCACACAGCUGGUGGGCAGACGACAACGGCGCAAAACGGCGACACUCCCGUACUUGAAGCAAACGUGGCAGGACGCACUAUUCAACAACACCCUCAUGAACCAUUGGGCACUGGUGCAAAGAUCCGUGGACCAGGUCCUGAUGAUCGUGACUUCCGAACUGGCGAACAAGCGAAGCAGGAUGCGCGAGGCUUCGUUGAUAGUACAAAGCAAGCAGGCAAAGAGCAAGCUCAGCGCGAGAAGGACGACAUUCGAGUUCAGACUGAAGAAACUAACGCUGAGGUGGAUGCACGUGAAGACCCGAAUGAGAAGAAAGAAGUUCUGCAGAAGUCAGGUCUUAAAGACAAAUUCGUUGGCUACAGAGACCAAAUUAUGAAUCGUGUGCCACAGGAACACAAGGACAAAGCAUCUGAGCAUCACGAUCGCGUCAAGACGUUCCUAUCCGAGGAGUAUUUCCCCGAGGAACGUCGUGACCAGUUCAUUUUCCGCGGAAAGAAGGUCAUUGUAGAGUGCCAACGACAUGAUGACUACCAGCAAGCAGUCAGGUGGCUGCUUGGUUUUCUUGAAGAAUACGCUGGUCAUGCCCAUACUGCAUCGUCAAAGGGUGCCGACUCGCAUGACGCACUUCGCAACGAUCCUUCACUCCAGCAGGCUCUCGCCGAGAUUCGCAUGCUUCUUGAACGUUUCGCCAAUGGACGGAGCUUCUCUGAGAUCACCGACCGUAUUCAAGUUCUUUAUGACGAUGCUCAUUCUGAUGAAGCACUUCGAAACUGGUUUAAAGAGGUUGAUUCAUAUGCUCGUCGAUGCCUUCUUGAACCUGGAUUCGUCUUGCAACCGCAAUGCAAUGAUAUAGCGCGCAAGUUGCAGGAUACGGGCCGCCAAUUCUACGAUGGUAAAUACAAGAGUCACUUUGAUGCCGUCUUUGAUGCCAUCGGAUCAUUCUUCUCCGCAAUGGGCGACGAUCCUCUCAAUGCACGCUUCGGCCAGGAUUGGGCACGUCUCACGAAGGAUCUACUCUUCGACUCGGAAGGCUCGCUCAAAUUCAAACCAGAGCUGUGGCAUGAUAUUCGUAAAGUUAUACUUCCCGCAGUCAUUGACAAAGUCGGAUAUAUCCCUAUUCCACGUGUCGAAUACACCGACGACUCACUCGAUCUUGUACUCGAGAACCUCACUCUUUCUGGGCGUAAUUUGUUCCCGAACAUUGUCACACUUGAAGCGCACAACUUUGUCAAGUUUUCGCCAUACGACGCGAUUUCGGAUGAGCACCACCAUGAGAUCACACUCCACCUCGGGCACAUUCAGGCAGACAUGCGUGACGUUGCCUUUUACUUCAACAAGAAGACUGGAAUUCCAAAGAUCAAGGACUCCGGUCUUGCGGACGUCAUUCUUGGUGGAGAAGGUCUAAGUGCGACCGUCCAUCUUGUCUCAGCGCAAAAGGACCCGUCAAGCGUGUACAAGGUUAAGAAUGUAAACGUGAAAGUCGACUCGCUCAAGUUCUCUAUUCGUGAUUCGAAACAUGACACGCUCUACAACACGCUCCGCCCUCUUGCUACGGGCCUGGUAAAGAAACAAAUUCAGAAGGCGCUUAGUGGCGCGUUGACGACUGGUCUUGAAUACGUUGACGGACAACUUGUUGGUGUUCGCGACCGUAUGAACGAAGCGAAAGCGAGCGACGAAGGCAGCCGGACGAAGGUCCUACAAGAUCUGUUCCAUCGUAAAAAGGACGAGGGUGCGAGCAAGGCCGAAUCUUCAAAGUCAGCACGCCACAGUCAAUUUAAGGUUGUCGCGAAGCGCGAUUCAGUGCUUAUCCAUGACCAAGGACAUCCUGCGGGAUGGGUUAAUCGUCAACAGGAGCGUGCUGAUGCUGCGAAGGAUGGGCAUGAGUGGCGCUCAAAAGCUUUCUCAAUUGUUUAAACGUCACGACUGUUGUUAUCUUUUAUGUUUAUGGCUUGACGCGCUGUAUACCGUUUCCUUGCGCAUCAUGACCGUCCUAUGUUCACAAGUAUAGCUUGUCGUCUACCCUCGUCUUUGUUGUAAAUGUAUGUUACACAGUUUAUGAAUACUAGUCCUAGCUUGUCUUUUGUCACAAUUA